AUGGAGGACGUUUCGGUGCAGCUCCUCGACUUCCAGAAGCAGAUGGCGACAGACCUACUGUCAUAUUCCCCAGUGGCUCCAAAGUCGUCCUCAGCUCUCGCAGCAACAGCACCACAGGGAAGCGAGGGAAAAGGCGACGGUCUGCUGAUCGCAGCGAAAGGGCUUGGCCUGCGAAAUGUGUUGCUGGCCUUCCUACAGAUCUACGCUGACCCUCGCGGACUGGUGCUGUUGCUGAACACACCCUCGCGAGAGGUGCAGGUGCUGAAAGAGGAUUUGAUGAAUAUCACGGCGUCUAGGGAUGCUAUUACGGAUGAGGAGGGUGGGCCGGUUCAUCCCAACUUGUUCAGGUCGAUCAAUAACGAGACACAGGCUAGCGAGAGAUCUGAGCUUUACUUGACCGGCGGCGUGUUAUCAGUGACCUCCCGAAUCCUUAUCGUCGACAUGCUGAACAAAGUGGUUCCUUUCGACAAGGUGUUGGGGAUCAUAGUGAAUCAUGCUCACAGAGUGACAGACACGUCAACGGAAGCUUUCAUCCUGCGGCUUUUCCGAGAUGACAACAAGGAAGGGUUCAUCAAAGCCCUAUCGGAUGAGCCGGAAGCCUUCACGCAUGGGUUCUGGAAAUUGGAAAGAUCCAUGAAGACGCUUUUCCAGCGACAUGUGUUCCUAUGGCCCAGGUUUCACAUGACUGUAACGGAGGACAUCAACCGAGGAAACGUACAGCUCCAUGAGUGCAAGGUUAAGCUCACUAAAAGCAUGAAGGAGAUCCAGGCCGCGCUCAUCGACUGUGUAGAUCAGUGUUUGGCGGAACUCCGGAGGUCAAAUCCAAGUAUCGACGCCGAAGAGCUCACGGUAGAGAAUGCCUUCUUCAAAUCAUUUGACCAGCUCGUGCGGGCACAGCUGGACCCCAUCUGGCACCGCGUUUCCACGAAAACAAAGCUGCUUGUCAGCGACCUGAAGAUCCUCCGGCGGUUGUUGAGUUACCUGAUCUCAUACGACUGCGUCACAUUCAACUCCUUCCUCGAGACCAUCGUCGCUUCAAACGCCACGGAUGCAAGCGCGGUCUUCCGUGCAGAAUCAAACCAGAGUCCGUGGCUCCUGCUGGAUUCGGCACAUGUGGUGUUGUCUGCAGCCAGACAAAGAGUAUAUCGUCGAGCAGUCGAAAAGCAAGGAGAUCUGGACGCAGGGAUUCCCCCUGGCAUCGAAGCGACACUGGAGGAACAACCGAAGUGGAGGGUGUUGAGGGACAUCUUGAGGCAGAUUGAGCCCCCCGGCCCAGUCCUAGUAAUGGUGGACGGUGACCGAUCCUGCAACCAGCUCCGAGAAAUCAUCGACAAAUGCGACCUUACCUUCAUCAAACCAGAGCCAGAAGCGGUCCAUCGUUCAUGCGAAGUGGUCGACAGCGACGCUGUGUCCCAGCAACACGCCCGAUCGAAAGGGAAAAGUCGAAAGCGGGCGUUGAAUUCUGAGGAAACGCGACAUGGCGAAGAGAAAGAUAAUGAGCCCGACGUCCCGGCCGCGGUGCAUGAGUUCUUCACGCCGGGCUCGGAAUCGUUGCUGAAGCGGCUGUUGAAGCGGUAUUUCAAGUGGAAGGGAGGAAUGUCACUGGUGACGAAGAACCUGUUUCGGAAGGCACCAAGCACUAGCACUUCUGCGGCGCCGUCGCGGGCAAAUAGUGGGUUGUCGGAAGGAAAUGGGAACGACGCAUUUGGCCGUGGAACCGGCCGUGGCACUGCCCCUCCCAAUAAACGGAGGCGGACGCGCGGUGGUGGCAGCGGCGGAGGAUCACCAUCAGAAGGCAGGAAUCAUGCGGCGGGUAUUGGACAGACAGGCAUGCCUGUGACCUUUGAGGAGGAGGCUGCUCGAAUUGCCGAAUUUCUAAGUCAAAUCGAACCACCCCUCGAAGACGAAGAGCCGAUGGACGUUGACGCUCUGGACGAUCGGCCUCCCCAACUAUUGAACGGUGAAGACGUAUACACGCUCAUCCCGAGCUCCCACGCCGUCGUUCUCCGCCCGUACGCAACGACAUCCAUGUCCCUCGCGGGCGCAUCCGUGUCGAAUGGUGACGAUGAUGCCAGGGUGUUGGAAGACUUGAGGCCGGAGUAUGUGGUGAUGUAUGACCCGGAUCUGGGCUUCGUGAGGCGGGUGGAGUGCUUCAAGGCGCUGAAUCCGUCUAUGAACCUCAACGUCUAUUUCAUGGUGUAUGAGGACUCUGUGGAGGAGCAGCGCUUCUUGUCCGGCAUCCGCAAGGAGAAGUCCGCGUUUGAGAAGCUCAUCCGCGAGAAAAGUAUCAUGGCCAUACCCAUUGAUCAAGAUGGUCGUAUUGCGCGAGAUCCGGAGGAAGAGUUCUGGCGAAAGCUGGACACGCGUUUAGCGGGUGGGCAACGGAUACCUGCCGAGCAGAAGAACCAGGUGAUAGUCGACGUCCGCGAAUUCCGCUCCUCCCUCCCCUCCCUCAUUCACGCGCAACGCAUGACCAUCCGGGCCUGCACACUCGAAGUCGGCGAUUACGUCCUCUCUCCCCACAUCUGCGUCGAGCGCAAAUCCCUCUCCGACCUGAUCUCCUCCCUCAAGUCCGGCCGACUGUACACGCAAUGCGAAGCCAUGUCGCUGCACUACAAGAUCCCUGUGCUGCUGAUCGAGUUUGACAAGGCGAAGGCGUUCUCGCUGCAUUCGGAUCGCGAGACGAAGGGAGAGAUUGAUGCGAAGGAUGUGGGCAGUCGGUUGUGCUUGUUAUGUUUGCAUUUUCCAAAGUUGAGGAUGGUGUGGAGUUCGAGUCCGGCGGCUACUGCGGAGAUCUUUGAGGAUUUGAAGAAAAACCAAGAGGAGCCAAACAUGGAGGAAGCCAUGGCGGUCGGUGUUGACAACCCGGAAACAAUCGACAGCGCGUUUGCCAUUACUCCAUCCGACAUCCUCCGUGCCCUCCCCGGCAUCACGUCCAAAAACUACCGCUACGUCAUGUCCAAAGUGCGCAACAUCGAAGAACUCAGCGAGAUGGGGCUCGAGGAUUGUCAGGAGCUGCUUGGCCAGGAGUUCGGCCGCAGUUUGUACAAUUUCUUUAGGCAGGAUCCGACAAAGGAGCCGCCGGGGGCUGUGGCUGGAGCAGAGGCAGGGACCGGAGCUGCUGCGGGUGUCGCGGCGGGCGGGAAUACGGAUAGGGGAAGAGGGGGAAAACGGCGGGCGUAG